AGUCGAAUCUACGGAUGUCGUAGUAGGAUCAUAUGUUGCCCCCGUGGGCCGGUCAUCUGCGGGUGCAGGCGCACUGGUGUAAUUCUCGAAAAGGAGCGAAGAUACGAACCGAUUUUCGUCAGAGGGACAUUGCUUUUGGCGGAAUGUAGCUUUCUUUUGAAAUUUAAAGGGACUAAUUUCGUUGCGAUUCUCCUAUUGAAUCUUUAGUUUGGAGUGCGUGAUGUGAAGAAAACACGGAGACACGAGCUCCUCCCAUGCCAGGAAGGAAAAGGAUGCAGGAGAAGACGGUUGGACUACGAUGAACUGCAAUUAGACGAAGCAGAAGAAGUAGAAGAGUUCACCAUGACCUCUCUAGGAAAGCUUGUUUUUCUAGACACUCACUCAAGGCAUCCUAAACAAUUAUUCUCUAGUACUACAUCGCAGAAUAGUCAGGAAUCUUUGUCAUUGGCAUUUGAAAAUCUUUUUUACAUGCCAUAUAACAUCACUGAAAACUAUGGAAACACUGUUCAUACCUUGGAUAUUAGUCACAAUCACUUUGGCAGAAAUUUGCACUUCCUGGCUGAAUUUGAAAAUCUGACUUCCUUAAAUUUGGAUCAUAACAACAUUGAUGCUUUCACGAUUUUUCCUCACAUGCCAAAAUUGCAGCUCCUCUGGCUGAACAAUAAUAAAGUCGAAGAUUUAUUUCCCUUUUUAAAGAAUUUAUAUGCUAGUUUGCCCAAUCUGCAAUAUCUGAGUCUCAUGGGAAAUAAGGCAGCUCCCAGCUACUUCAAUGGUGGAACUUUCUAUGAUUAUCUCCAGUACAGGUUAUUUGUCAUCUCGUGGUUCCCGCGCCUCGUGCAUCUAGACGAUCGCGUUGUCACGCCGGAACAACGUGCCGAGGCCAAGAGACUUUUCAAGAGGCCGUUUUUUGAACAAUUGGUCGAAAAUACGGAACUUCCUGAGUGCCUUAAAUUUUUGCACGGCAAAUUAGCGUCGAUCUUUGCCAAACCAGUGACAGUGCCAGAAAAGUUCAACCCUAACAAGGGAUCAAAUCUUAUUGUUUAAGUCAGUAUUAUUAUGUAACUAUCACUUUUCGAAUAGAUUUUUAACGUAUUUACGCGUUUUUAUACAAUAUUGUAUAAUAAGAGAAUUUCUAACACGUUUCAUAACUAAGUUAUCAAAUAGAUCUAUCCAUGAAUGCUUUAACGUCUUUAUGGCGGCAGCUAUGUUAAUUUUUUAAUGGGAUUUAUAUAACAGUGCAAUAUUUAUAUAGGCGUAUUCAAUGCAAACAUCUUUUAUACAUGCGAUAUUUUAUAGGAUUUUUAUGGUUCGCGGAGUUGAGCAAAUUUAAAUUUUGUAUAGUUUAGAAAAUUUUCAAUUUUACUAUUUAGCUAAAGAACGCACAUAGGUGAAAUAUUUUGUACGAUUUUUAUACAGCGACCGUUAAAAUUCAGUUUUCCAACCUUUUUGGUACUAUGCUAUGAAAACCAAUGACAUUCCAAAAACUAACUUUUGUUUAGUUAUAAUAAAAGUGUAAUGACUAUUAAGAUUUUAUUAUAAAUAGGGAGCGAAACGUUAUGAGGAUGAAAAAUAAUUUUAAUAAAAACGUUUCAAACAAUCAA